UUUAGGGUUUUUCCACUCAACAUUGUCAAUAUGGUAUCAGAGCCUCAACCCUAGCCGCCUCUAAAAUUUUCUCACCAUGGCUCAAACUCAAACUCAAGCUCAACCUGAUCCCAUGGCAGAUCCCUACUUCUUACAUGCUUCUGAACAACCUGGAGUCUUGCUGGUUGGUGAAAAACUCACUCCCACCAACUACAAUGACUGGAGCAAGGCGAUGUACAAUGCCCUUGGAGCGAAGAACAAACUCGGCUUCAUUGAUGGCACCAUCCUUGCUCCAACAACAAACACAGAUCCUCUUCACUGGUUCUGGACAAGGAACAACAUUAUGGUUCUCAGCUGGAUUCAACAAGCUGUUGAACCAGGCAUUCGCAAGACUCUGAUGUCUCUCAAGAUCGCUUCUGAAGCCUGGCAAAGUUUAAAGGCUCGAUAUGGUCAAAGAGACAUUGUUAGAGUGGCAGAACUCAUUGAAUCACUCUCUAGUCUCCAGCAAGGUAAUCAAACUCUCAACGAGUACUAUGGUCACUUCAUUGCCAUCCAAGAUGAACUAGAUGGCUAUCAACCGAUAGAAUCUUGUGCUUGUACCCCAACUAGUCAUCAAACAUGCCUUGCCCUGAAACUAGUUCUUCACUACAAAGAAACCAACUAUGUGAUCCAGUUUCUUAGGGGUCUGAAUGAUAACUACUCUACAGUGAGAUCCCAAGUUCUUUUUGGAGAGACCUUACCCUCUAUUGACAAGGUUUUCCAGCGUCUACUUCAACAUGAAAGGCAACAAUUUGGGUCUCAACAAAGUAGGGUUCUUGCCUCUGAAUCUAUAGUUCUUGCUACUCAAGGCUCACAAGGCAAACGCCCUUACUGCACAUACUGCAAAAGGAAUGGCCACACUGAAGAUGUUUGUUACCAUAAACAUGGCUGGCCUCCUGGUAUGACUCCAAGAGUUCCCACUACAACCAAUCAGGGUAAAGCUAUCGAAUGUACCUUUUGCAAAAGGAGGGGUCAUACUGAGGAUAGUUGCUUUCACAAGCAUGGGUGGCCUUCCUUUGGAGCCUCCAAGGCCAAUCCAAAUACCACUCCAAUGAGAAUUGAAGCUCCUGCCUUCAUCAGUCAGACUCCUGCUUCUUCCAGCUCUACCAAUCCUGACAACCAAGAGUGAGAUUAACAAAGGGUGACUAUGACAGAUUCAUGGCUAUGCUCAAAAAGAAAGAUUCACAGAGAAACAAUCCUCAUACAACAGCUGCUUUCCAUUCCUAUGAGGGACCCUCAGGUAAACAUUCCUUGAAUGCUUCUGGUAGAUCACCUUCUAGCACAACAUGGAUAUUAGACACUGGUGCCUCAGACCACAUUGUCUGCUCACUAAAUCUCCUAGAAAAUCCAAGUAGUCUACAUAAUGUCUUCAUCAAUUUACCUACUGGAGCUAAAGUACAAGCUACACAUAUUGGUCGUGUUACAUCUGUAGCAGAUUUAACACUUGAGGCAGUUCUAUUUGUCCCUCAGUUCACAUUCAACCUUAUAUCAGUAAGCAAGUUAACCACAAACAGAUCCUUGUGCUUAACUUUCUUCUCUGAUGUAUGCAUAAUACAGGAUUUGGAGCUCAGGAGAGUGACUGGUUUUGCUGAGCUUUCCCAUGGCCUCUACCACAUGACCCAUCUAGGUGCAACCAGUAGCCCUAAGCCUGUCAUAGCCUCCACUACUACUGCAAAUAGCUUUGACCUAUGGCAUUAUAGACUAGGCCAUGUUUCUCACUUUAAAAUUCCAAAGUUGAAACAGAUAUGUAACUCCAUAGAUACAAACAGCUCUAUACCUUGUGAUGUUUGCCACUUCACAAAGCAAAGGAGGCUUCCUUUUCCAGACAAUUCAACUGUUUCUACACAUCCAUUUUCCUUAAUACAUGUUGACAUCUGGG